GAAUAAGGUAAAGUAAGGACAGAUUUCUACAUGAUAGUUUUUUUUAUGUGUGGGAUCUUUCCUCAAGUAAUAAAGAGAAGAGAAAAGAGAAAUAAUCUCAUUUUUGAGGUUAUGUUUGUGUUUUAAUCAAUCUAUCAACAGACAAGUUUAAACACAUAGACGAAAAUUCGUAUGUUUGAAUUCAAAGUUUUCAAUAUUUUUUUGAGAAGAUAUGUCGGAAAUUAAAGCACAGUACGAAAAAUAUGUUCAAGAUCAUAGAAUACCAUGUAAAUACGGAGUUAAAUGUUACCAAAAAAAUCCUAUCCAUCAUGAAAAAUAUAAGCACCCACCAUUAAAGAAAAAUGAGGAUCCAAACAGACAUGCUACAAAAAAAUUUAAAGCAGAGAAUAAGGUCAUAAGGAACACUGAGUCAGAUUCAGAUAACAAUGAUAAUGACGAAGUGAGUGACUCUAGUUCUACAAGUCAAAAGAAUAAAACCAAUGUGAAUAAUGAUGUCUCUGAUUCCGAUCAGGGUAGUUCCUCAAAGGAAGGCCAGGAUAACUCUGACAAUGAAUCUGAUGAUUGUGGAGAUGAGAAAUCUGCAAAUGCUUCCUCUUCAAGCGAAAUGGCGACUGAGGAGGAAACGAAGAAAAGCAAAUGUAAAAAUGACAGUGAAGAUACCUGUGCAGAUCAAGAAAAGGAAGAUACUGAAGAGAUGAUAACUCACCAUGCAACUGAAGAGGAAUUACAGUGGUCAAAAUUUAUAAAAGAAAAAUUCUUGGUAUCGAUGCCAAAAGACUUUUAUCAGUUUUGGAUAUUUUGCUCAAAAUUGAAGCCAAACAAUGGCUUGUUGGCCUUGAGGGAUGUUGGAUUAACACUAGUUGGGCCAUUUGAUGUACUUGCAGGCAGGUUUAAGAAUGUAUCCAAAUCCGACGAUGAGUAUCUUAUCCACUGGCGGUAUUUUCGUGAUCCACCUGAAUUGCAGACAGUAUUAAAAGGAGAUGAUCGUAUCGGAUAUCAUAUAGGGUAUUUUAGAGAUACCCCUGAAGAAAUGCCGGUAUUUCUGGUUAGCAAUUCAGCAAAAAAAGAUGGAACUUUGACACCGAUGGGUAGUAACAUUUUUGCUGCUGUCAAUUUUUACCUGGAUGAUUUGAAAAAAACUGGUGACCCAUUCAAAAAAAUGCACAUAGGAAGAAUUCAAGCUGCUUUGAAGAAGGAAGUUGAAAAAUUGAAAAUUGACCUGUCAAAGAAGAAUAAGAAUAUCAUUGAGCGAGAGAAAAAAAUUGUCACUAGAACUCUGAAUAAAAUUGGACUUGUCGUUCCAUACAAUAAAAAAACAGAGUUGGGGUACAGAGAACUAGCUCUGAAUAACAAGGAUUUGAACACAUUAUUCACAAAACUGGAAAACUCCAAAUCUGAUGUAGAAAAGCAGAAAUUACUUUCGGACUUGCAGCCAGUUUUCACAUUUUCCAGUAUAGCAACAGAUGAAUGUGAUUUUGGAACGGGAAUCGAGCUUGGGUGGAACAUUAUAAGUCACGGAGUUGAAGACUUGAACCGAACUGCUGAAAGAUCACUAGCCAUAAAUUACCGUCUGUUAAAAAGAGAAGCUUUCGCAAGAAUCGCUGAAGCACAUAUGAAAAAUCGGCGAAAGGGAUGUGAUUUGAGUAUUUUAUAAAUCAUCAUGAAAGUGAAUUUUUUUUUGAAUAAAUAUGACAUUUUGUGAGAA